AUGGAUACCCGUUAUGAUUUGAAGCCGCUAUUUGUUGAGUGGUUACAGGAAGAGUUUGACAGUUUUGGUCCCCGCCAAGAAAAGAUCGCGUCGGUUUACUUUAAGGCCCUGGAAUCUCUGAAGGUUUAUGAGCAAUUGGUCACAGAGCCCAGCCAGCUUUUAAAAGUUAAGGGAAUCGGAAAUAGUAUCAAAAAUAAGCUAACUAACAGACUGAAGAAACAUUGCGAUGAAUUAAAUAUUCCUUACCCUGAAGUUGAACUGCCACCUUCAACAUCCACAACAAAAACUCGGAUACGAACACUCGACGUUAGUGGUUUGGACGAAUCAGGUACUGUUAAGAAGAAGAAAAGAAAAUAUGUACCGAGAAAGCGUUCUGGGGCAUUUGCGAUUCUACUUGCUAUGCUUGAGUUGGGAAGUCCAUCAACUGGGUUGACAAAGGAGGAAAUCAUCACAGUUGCAGCAAAAUAUUGCGAUUCAAGUUUUUUACCUAAUCCUUCUACCAGAGAAUUCCAUAGUGCAUGGAGUUCAAUUAAAGUUUUGAUAGAUCAUAGCCUGGUUUUAGAGCAAGGUAGACCGAGAAGAUAUAUAAUCACUGAAGAGGGCGUAACACUGGCGGAAACGCUCAAAGACACAGUCAAUGUAUCAUUCCCUGUUGACUGCAUAUACAACAGGAAAAAGCAGGAUGAAAAUGCUGUAUCUGAUGAACAGGAAGUUUCUGCAAAUUUGAGCGAGUUAAUGCGGCAGGAUCGCGUUGGCUCAGUUAGCAUGGGCGCUACGUUGACUACGGCUGAAAGAUCCAUUGCUAGUGCUAUUACCACUCCAGAUUUACAUGCUUCUGAAACAAUUACCUCAUCAUCGCCUAAGCGUACAUUACCAAGGACUCUUGAUAGACCUAGAUCCCAAAUGGAUGGAGUAGUACGUGCCCGUUGGAAUGGAACUAGUUAUGAGGUAUGGGAACCAGAGAACUACGAUAUAAGGCUAUUUGUUGAUCAUAGAGAAGUUAGGUCCAAGGCUGACCGUGAUUUCUUUGUAUCUUCUUUAUGCGCUAGAAAUGUAUGUUCUGAAGGUAAGGUUUUGGCAUUAGGAGAUAUGGUUUGGGUCGCCAGAAAUAAAGAGACCGGCAAACACUGUGUGUUGAACUUCUUGCUGGAGCGGAAACGAUUGGAUGAUCUUUCUUUAAGCAUUAAAGAUAACCGUUUUAUGGAACAGAAGCACAGAUUAAAGAAAACUGGCUGCAAGCAUAUCUUCUAUCUUGUGGAAGAAACGAGUGGGUUGGAAAUUGGCGGAAUGGAGGAUGCCAUUAGAACCUCUAUUUGGAUGACAACGAUAUACAAUAGUUUCCAUAUCAAACGUACAAAAAACGUAACUGAUACUGUUGAUUGGCUGACUAGUAUGACAGACUCCAUUAAGAAGUACUAUAACAACAAAUGUUUACUGGUCCUUAAACCUCUUGAUGUAUGCAGCCAAGAAGACUAUGGCAAUAUGCUCAACAAUUUUAGAGAUCAAUUCGAAAGAGAUGGUAGUCGUUUGGAAUGCUGCCAUAGCUAUGAGAGUUUCCAAGAAGUAUUGGGGAAGACAGACAUGAUGACCGUGAAGGAAUUGUACAUACGUGCUUUGAUGCUAACAAGAGGCGUUUCGUUAGAGAAAGCACUCGCAAUACAAUCGAAGUAUCCAACGCUCUAUGAAUUUUUGGUUGCGUAUUCAAAAUGUAAAUCCGAGGAGGAGGGAAGAACAAUGGUUUAUUCAGCUCUAAGCGAGCAACCUGGUAGUCAGAAGAUUGGGAAGGCACUUUCGGAGACACUAUGGAAUACAUUUGGCAAGAAAUAA